CAGGGUCACAGCCGCCAGCGGCCCCCGGCGCUGUGGAGAAGCCGCCCAGCACGGCCGUCCUGUGCGACACCUGUGGGAACGUGUGCAAGGGCGAGGUGCUGCGUGUGCAGAACAAGUAUUUCCACAUCAAGUGCUUCGUCUGCAAGGCGUGCGGCUGUGACCUGGCCGAGGGCGGGUUCUUCGUGCGGGAGGGAGAGUACAUCUGCACGCAGGACUACCAGAGGCUGUACGGCACUCGCUGCUUCCGCUGCGACCAGUUCAUCGAGGGCGAGGUGGUGUCGGCGCUGGGCAAGACCUACCACCCCGACUGCUUCGUGUGUGCUGUGUGCCGGCUGCCCUUUCCGCCCGGGGACCGAGUGACCUUCAACGGGAAGGAAUGCCUCUGCCAGAAGUGCUCCCUGCCCACAUCUCUGGGCAGCAGCGCCCACCUGUCCCAGGGCCUCCGGAGCUGCGGGGGCUGCGGCUCAGAGAUCAGGAACGGCCAGUCCCUGGUGGCUCUGGACAAACACUGGCAUUUGGGCUGUUUCACAUGCAAAGCCUGUGGGAAGCUCCUGAACGCCGAGUACAUCAGCAAGGACGGGCUGCCCUACUGCGAGGCUGACUACCACUCCAAGUACGGCAUCCGGUGUGACAGCUGUGAGAGGUUCAUCACCGGGCGCGUGCUGGAGGCGGGGGAGAAGCACUACCACCCUGCCUGUGCGCUGUGUGUCAAGUGUGGCCAGAUGUUUGCGGAGGGUGAAGAGAUGUAUCUUCAAGGUUCUUCCAUCUGGCACCCUGCAUGCCGGCAAGAGGCCAGGACUGAGGACAAAACCAAGGAAACCAGAACCUCCUCGGAGAGCAUCAUCUCUGUGCCUGCGUCCAGCACCUUGGGGUCCCCCAGCCGUGUGAUAUACGCCAAGCUCGGUAAUGAGAUCCUGGACUACAGGGACCUGGCCGCCCUGCCGAAGAACAAGGCCAUCUACAACAUUGACCGCCCGGACAUGAUCUCCUACUCGCCCUACAUCAGCCACUCCACGGGCGACCGGCAGAGCUACGCGGGCGACCGGCAGAGCUACGGCGAGCCCCUUCAGUUGCUCUCACCAACGCCUGCUGAGGGGGACCAGGAAGACCGGUCCUACAAGCAGUGCCGGACCUCCAGCCCGAGCUCCGCGGGGUCAGUCAGCCUCGGGCGCUACACCCCGCCCUCGCGGUCCCCGCAGCACUACAGCCGUCCAGACACCGGCGUCAAAGAUAACAUCUAUAGGAAGCCCCCCAUCUACAAACAGCACGCGGCCAGGUCCUCGGACGGAGAGGGCGGGAGUUCCGACCGGGACGACAGGAAGAAGACCAGCUGGCUGAUUCUCAAGGGGGACACGGACACGAGGACAACCUCUCCAGACCUGGACAGCCAGUCUCUGUCACAGAGUAGCGGGACAGACAGAGAACCCCUCCAGAGAAUGCCGGGCGACACCUUUUACUCACGAUUCCCCUAUUCCAAAUCUGACUCCCUCCCGCGGCACGGGAAGAAUGGCCUGGACCACCGGAAUGCCAAUCUGGCCCCUCUCGGAGCAGACCUGGACGCCAGCUGGGGCACACGAGAAUACAAGAUCUACCCUUAUGACACCCUCAUCGUCACAAACCGAAUUCGGGUGAAGCUACCCAAAGAUGUGGACCGGACGCGCCUGGAGAGACACUUGUCACCAGAGGAGUUCCAGGAAGUGUUUGGGAUGAGCAUGGAAGAGUUUGACCGCCUGGCCCUCUGGAAGAGGAAUGACCUCAAGAAGAAGGCCCUGCUCUUCUGA